GCAGACAUUAUACUACAAUCACUUGCAACCAUUAAUUUGUGUCUUCAAUGGAAAAUGUAUUAUAAACCCAAUGACCAGAAACUCGUGUCGGAAAUGCAGACUUGGGAAAAAUAUAUGUUUAAUAGGAGUGUAUCCGAAGUGAUGAAGAAAAUGAAACGAGAAAACCAUUCGUCCGGAAAUGCAAACAAAAAUCAGAGAAAACUAUUGAAACCACGAAUUGCCAGUCGUGUAUCAGAGCUAUUGGGGGCUACGGUUAGGUUUAACUAUACGGUGGGCGGGGAUGUGAUUAAAGUGACAAAUUUGGAGCAAUUGUUUAGAAACACUUCACAAAUGACUGAACGAGUUAUCGCCGAUGUCAUAGACUUUACACAAUGUUUGCGGGCAUUUAAUAACAUUUGCCACAACGAUAAAAUCGCCCUGAUUUGA